AAUUAAUAUAAAAACACAUUUAAUACAAUAUACAAUAAUACAAAUAAGUUAUACGAAUAUAUCAAUACGAUGACAGACAAGAUGACAAAACACACUAUCUUUUCAAAUAUUCAAACAUACUUCAUUUGCCAUACCAGCCAGUCUAGACAUUGAUUACAAACCUCGUUCUAACAUUAUAAACUUUCAUUAAAAUCCAUUCACUAGUUUUUGCUUGAAACAGAUAAUAGACAAUCCACAAUCACAAACUACGACCUUUAUAAUAUUAGCAAAAUUACAUUAAAUUACAAAAAAAACUUUUGCGAGAGUUUCUCCUUCUACGCUAAUAAGCCGCAAACUGUCAAUGUCAAACAACAAAUAAUUAUAUGUCAAAAGUUUGAUUGGAGCCGUUUUUGAACUUUGUCAACACUGAAAUAAUCUGUGAAACUGAUAAAGAUAAGGUCGAAACAUAUAUGAAUUUUAAAUUAAUAUUUGCGUAUUAAAUUACGAUCAUAAAGAAGUGUAAUUCUUUUAUUUUUUUUAUGAAUAACUGCAAUAAACAUAUAUUAUAUUUGAAGUUACGUGCUGUUGUUUUGCUUGAGAAGUUUAGUUAGAUUGUUUCAUAUAAUUUAACUUUUUAAAAUGACUUUAGUUGAAAACGAGUGGUUUAUCGAAGCUCCCUGGGGUAAAUUAUGCGUGGUAGCAUGGGGUGACUGCACUAACCCACCAGUAUUGAUGGUGCAUGGUAAAUUGGACACCGCAGCCACUUUCAGACCGCUCGUGUCAUUGUUACCUGACAAAUUUUAUUAUAUAGCAAUCGAGCUGCCAGGUAAUGGCAGAUCAGACAGAUAUCCUCCGGGUAUGAUGAUCAACAUAUACGAUCUGGUGUACUGCGUGGCGAUGGUGGUGAGACACUUCAGGUGGGAGAACUUCGUUUACAUCGGACACUCGCUAGGAACAAAUAUCGGUUUCAUAUACGACGCGUGCCGUCCAGGUGUUAUCACAAAGCUCAUCAACCUGGAUCCCCUGUACCGGGUGACUGUGGUCCUACCAUCGGAAUUCUCCAAAUGGUAUAAAAAGAUGUUCACCUCGUACUAUGAAAAUUUUGAAAAAUACAACGCACCUAAAGAGACCGCACCGGCGUAUACCGUUGAGGAGGCUAUCAAAUUGCUGAAGAAAAGCCGCGGUCUAACGCAAGCGGCAGCUGUAGCCACUGUCACCCGAUUCACAGAACGACUGGCGGACGGUCGAGUGAGAUUCACAUACGAUCAAAGGUUCAAAGUGGUCACACCAAGGCCGUUUUCCCCCGAGGAGUUCCAAGCCGCCUGCACGAAGCUGAGCAUGCCAACUCUCAACAUAAUCUCCAAAGAAUCCAAAGACAAGAAAGGCUACGAGCAUUGUGACUUCGCAUUCGACGAGAGCAGCUUCACAGGACAGAAUUACAGGGUCAGGGUCGUGAAUGGAGGUCAUGAUGUACAUUUUAAUGACCCUAAAAGCGUUGCCCCAUUUGUAAGUCAAUUUUUGUUGUACGGCGUUGAAGGGCUAGACAGAGACGCAAAACUGUGAUAGCAAUAAUUUUGACGAUGCCACUUAUAAGGGUUUGAAAGAAAUUUAAAAAUGAAUGAAGAAUGCAACGUUUAGUUUUAAU